GCCUCGGAUUCGGCUCGGAUUCGGAAAUGUCCGAAGUCGGGGAUCUGUUGGACUCGCUCAGCCUGGUUGUCAACUGCCAUGGUGAUCCCCCGAGCCGCUCUGGGCCGGACGGGCUCGAGAUGCUAUUGCACCAUGCUUCUAGUACGCUCGGCGUCGAUAUGGCCCACCCAGUUUGGUCUAUGCGCGCGCCAACCGCUCCAAUGGUGUCCGAGACCGCAGGAAGUCCCAACAGUGAUUUGGGAGGCCUCGAUUCCUAUGAUCCCUUCACCGAUGGGCGACUCCUCCGGCUGCCUCCUCUUCGCCCCAAACCAGGCGGUGAGGGAUCUCUGUUCCACGAGCUCCGCCGGCUGAGGGUGAAAGCCCGAGUGCUUGCCGCUUCGACCUUGUGUCAAGUCUCAAACGAUGGGGAUCCCAAAGCCAUGGACUCAACUGGAACUCAUCUACGGUGUCGUGGCGGCCUUGCCCCUCCGGAAUCCGACAUCAGCGGCUUAUUCUCCCGCCGCCGCAACGCAUUGGUGACUGGGGUUUAUGACGAUUCCGGGUAUCAGGAAGCGAAGGCUCUGAUGGCAACCCUCAAAAGGGAGCUAGAAGAGAGUGAGCUUCCACCCACCCGGAGACCUCGACUGGGGCUCGGGCAUGAGGAUCCGACGAAUGAGGCCAGCUCUUCUAGUGUGUCCUUCGCGCAAACAGACGGCCCUUCCGAGCUGCCGCCUCGCGGAGAAGACCGACGGCGCUAGAAGCGCAGGCGGGAACAUUCUUCGAGCGAGCGCAGCUUCCAGCCUCUCGCAUUACGCAUCAGAGAGUCCACUAUCGAGCCGGCCG